AAGAAAUCUCCCCUCCCUUUCCUUUGGAUCUCAUCUCCUCAGCUACUCCGCCAUGGCCAACGGGAAGGACCUCACUGUCAGCUUCGGCGAGAUGCUCAUCGACUUCGUGCCCACCGUCUCGGGCGUGUCGCUGGCGGAGGCGCCGGGGUUCAUCAAGGCCCCCGGCGGCGCCCCUGCCAACGUCGCCAUCGCCGUGGCCCGCCUCGGCGGCCGCGCCGCCUUCGUCGGGAAGCUCGGAGACGACGAGUUCGGUCGCAUGCUCGCGGGCAUCUUGCGCGCCAACGGCGUUGACGACGCCGGCGUCCUCUUCGACACCGGCGCGCGCACGGCGCUCGCUUUCGUCACCCUCCGCACCGACGGAGAGCGCGAGUUCAUGUUCUACCGCAACCCCAGCGCCGACAUGCUUCUCACCGAGGCUGAGCUCAACCUCGACGUCAUCAAGAGCGCGGCGGUGUUCCACUACGGAUCUAUAAGCUUGAUCACAGAGCCGUGCAGAUCGGCGCAUCUGAAGGCCAUGGAGGUGGCCAGGGAAGCAGGGGCGCUGCUCUCCUACGACCCCAACCUCCGGCUGCCGCUGUGGCCCUCCCCGGAGUCCGCUCGGGAGCAGAUCUUGAGCAUCUGGGACCAGGCCGACAUCAUCAAGGUCAGCGACGUCGAGCUCGAGUUCCUAACCGGCACGGAUUCGGUGGAGGACGACGUCGUCCUGACUCUGUGGCGGCCGGCGUUCAAGCUUCUGCUGGUGACGCUCGGGGAGAAGGGUUGCAAAUACUACACCAAGGAUUUCAAAGGGAGCUUAGAUGGAUUUGCAGUCGACACAGUAGACACCACCGGAGCCGGAGAUGCAUUUGUCGGUGCCUUGCUCCGCAAGCUAGUCGAUGACCCAUCCGUGCUACAGAGCGAGGAGAAGCUGAGGGAGGUGCUCAAGUUCUCCAACGCCUGCGGAGCCAUCACCACCACCAAAAAGGGGGCCAUUCCUGCCCUGCCGAACGAGGCCGAGGCACUGGAGCUUCUGAAGCGAGAUUAAGAUAAGUGUUCGUCGCAUUCCCAAUCCUAAGUUUUUAUUGAACGCAUUUGAGUUGGAAUUGAAGGCCAUUUGGAGCUUCUGCUGUUCGAUUCUUCUUGUUUCUGGAACUUUUUGCAUAAUAAGGCUUCCGAUCAUUGCUAGUAAUUUGACAGUAAACUGGCUUUGAUGCUUGCGAUCUUGUUUCAGUUGUUCUGUGUGUGAUAUUUAGGGUUUGAUAAGGAACUGGUUAUAUGA